UGACGCUGCGGACGAGUUGAUUUCGAGAAGAGAUCGACGUCCGUUUUGUGUAUUUAUUUAUUCGCUGUAGAAACACGGAGACUGGCAGCGUUCAAGGUCAAGGUGACAUCACACAAAUUAAGGGAUAGAAGGUGACAGAGUCAGAUUUUUGUCAUCCACGGGACUGUACUCAUAAUCGGUACAUUUUUGGGUAGAGUGUGAAGUUUAAAGAUCAAACGAUAACAGAACAGAGAAGUCUCACGGAUUCGCGGUGUGACAGUUCCAUUACAUGGAGUAUUGAACGAAGGACGAAAUACAUUAUGAACAUGGACAACGUGGACCAGCAUUUGCUUCACCAGUUUAGUUGUCUAGGCACCACCGACAGAGAUGAUCUGGUGAAGCAGCUGCAGAAGCUGCUGGCUGGCAGCCAGCUCAACGAAACUACUGCUGAGUUCUUUUUGGAUAUGAAUAAUUGGAAUCUCCAAGCGGCAAUUUGUAGCUACUUUGACUUUGAGUCUCCAGUUCAACAUAAAUUUCCUUGUAUGAUGCUGAUAAGCGAUAGCACCAUUGGCGAAGGAGAAUCAAUACCACCACUUACUAAUUUUCGAAAAUCAUGGCAUAUACAAAACAGCGGUAGAGAAGCAUGGCCUGAUGGAGUUUGCUUACAAUAUAUAGGAGGAGUGCAAAUGGGUGAAUGUACAAAAAUACCAGUCCCAUCUCUAGGCCCAGGAGAAAUAACAGAGGUGAGCGUCGAUCUUCAAAGUCCUCCACAUUGUGGUACAUUUCAAAGUAAAUGGAGGAUGAUGGUAAAAUCUACAGAAAUCUUGUUUGGAGAUGUUAUUUGGAUAACUAUUACAGUAAGUGAAAGUGGCACUCUGGCCAUUACUCAACAACUGCAUCAGUUAAGUACUUCAUCGUCUAAUGAUACAAAAAUGUGCUAGCCCUUAAUGUCCAGAGAAUUUUCUUAAUUUUCUUCUCACAUUUUUUAAACGCUUUCGAUUAUUUUUUAAAUCAACCAAAUUAAAAAUGACAUGUUCGUUUAAAAUAUCACUUUAAAGAUA